UUGGGUUUAUGAGGAUGCGCUUCUAUGCCGGAGAGAAAUGCGUUGCGAGCAGCCCUGGGGAGAUGGAAUUCUUCGCCCCGGUAAGCUCUCCACCGAUUUCAAGAGCUCAGGAGCGAGGAGCCAGAGAUUCGUGUGGAUUCAAGCAGAGUUUCCAAGCAAUUGGAAGCGGAUUUUGGUAUCCGAUCGCUUCGGGCACUCGCAUUUCUGUAGGACUACUAGAGGAUCGAUUGCCAGGAGCUCGAGGAAUGCGAGGCGAAUUUUUGUAGCUAGUAGCGGCAGCGGCAGUGGAAACUCUAGCUUCUCCAGCGCGAAGAGAAGGUUAAUUGCCAGGGGCUUGGAAUGGAGGAUACAUGCAAAGCGUCCUAGGAGAGAAAGCUGGUGGAAGAAACUCUUGCUCGACGACUUCGACUGGUGGAGAGAGCACAACGACGAGGCCGCCAUGGACGAGAUUGGACGCAUGAUGCUCGACGACGAGGAGAUUAAAUCCUGGAAGCAGCGAGUUGACGCCAUCAACGAGCUCCGCUGGUACCGAAAGAGGGGACGAGACCCCGGCAGUGAUAACUGGGAAGAUUGGCUGGAUGGUGAGAGCUGGGAGAAAUCCAGGGACAAAGAAGUUUCUUCUCGGGGAGAAGUUGACGAGAUCGAGCAGGAGCUACUCCACAAGAAAGAAGAGGAGCUUAAGUACCUUCGGUCGGAGCUGGAUAGCUUUGGAAAGGCUAGGAAAGCAACCGGGCCAUUCUCGGAUUUGUUCCAAGAGCCUCUCGAGUGGCACCAGGAGAACAAGUUCGAGAGGGGAUUUGCGAGGUCCGCGGCAAGAUCAACAGUGAAGUUCGCUGCGUGCCUCAUUUUGAUACCGUGGCUUGCAGACUUCGUCGUGCAUGACUGCGUGCUGGUCCCCUUCUUAAAGAGAUAUGUCGAGCUCGUACCUUUCGCGGCCAGGGCAUUCGACGUCACGGACUCACAAAUGACCAAGAGAGUGGUUCCUCCGCUGGAGGACGAAGAGAAGCGUUUGAUGUUCGAGGUCAGGAUUGGAAUCGCUCCUCCCAUUUCCGAAGAGAAACUAACGCAGCAUCUUCACGACGAAGCGCUAGAAUUGGUCGAGGAAGUCAGAGCAGAGAAUCGAAGCAAUUUUGCAAGCGUCUGGUCCGAUGUGGCAGGCGUAGUGUUGAUGCUCCUGAUCAUACUCAAUCCAGUGCAAGUGGAGCUCAUGAGUUACUCAGGGAUUCGUCUCUUCAGCAAUCUUUCAGACAUUGGGAAGGCAUUCUUUAUCAUUCUUUUCUCGGACAUAUUCCUCGGGUACCAUUCCGAGUCGGGCUGGGUGACCGUGGUGAACCUUUUCCUCGAGCACUACGGCAUGAAGGCCAACGAGGCUUCCAUAUCUUCCUUCGUGGCGAUAGUUCCAGUGACCAUCGAUGCCUGCUUCAAGCUAUGGGUUUUCCGAAAUCUUCCUCGCUUGUCUCCGUCCCUCACGGCCAUAUUCCGCGAGAUGGAACGCCACUAAAGCUGAAAGAUCUCUUCAUUGCCAGGUAUAUGGAAGUACAAACAACAAAACUUUUUUGCUCCUUGGCAGGAGCUUGCUUUGCUCACAAGUUUUGUUAAUGCUUGUGAUACAAGAUUGUUUUCGAUCAUCCCUCCAGGGGAUGCUUCGACGAUCAGUGGCGAGCUCUCUUGCUCGGCGGCCCGGCUUGUUGUUGCUGAAGCGCCAGUUGCCUUGUGAAGUGGCUCACCUCCUUAGCCAGUUGCCUCCUGUUCCCUUCCUCCUCUUGCUGGAGCGCCACGGCCACCAUCCGCGUGAUCCGGUCGGCACGGGGAGGAUCCAACGCCACCUCGUCCUCCAUGUAAUGGCAGUCCGGCCUGAGCGCCCUCUUGUUGUUGGUCUCGGCCCAGUGAUCAUAGUCCGCAAAGUCGAAGCUAUCGUAUUGUUUCACCCGGAUGCUCCUAUUGUUACCAGCUUCGAUCACCAAGUCGUCGAUCAUGCGCUUGAGCUCAACAUACCGCUCAACGUCCACCGCCACCAUCGCCGAUCUGCUCUGCUCGUGAGAAGUUCUUCUUGUCUCCCUUUUACAAUCACAAACCCUAUACGAAACCUAUAUUUUGUUUUUC